GUAAUUUAUCUUUCGUGUUUCAUAACGCUAAUUAGCCAUGUUCACGCCGACCCUCUAUUGCGCCGCGUGAUAAAUUUAUGAAAAAUACGUAGAAGCAUAAGUCUUGAUUAUUUUAAAUAAUUACACAAAGCAAACUGGGAAAUAAAUAGCCUAAAGCGAAGCGCAGCCGAAAGCAGCAUAAGAACCGAGCCGCGAGCAAAACAAAAAUAAGAAAAAUAUUAACAACUAUAAUCCCAGCCGAAGCUGCGGCUCAAGCUCGAUGACGUCACAAGCGCGACUUCGGCCGAGCGGCGAGCGGUAAGCAGCGCAGUCGACGUCGACGCCGGCUAUAUAUCCAAUAGCGCGCCAAAAUAAGAAGUCGAAAUUCAUUCCUUUCGAGCCCACAACGUUCAAAUUCGUUUGCUACGCUCACGAGAGCGGACGUGCAGUGCGGAAAAAUCCGACAAAAUCAGGCAAAGUCCCCAGAUCCAAAACUAUAUACGGAAUAAGCAAAGAAACAAACUAAAAAACAAACCCAAAUUAAUAUAUCGCGUCUGCUGCUCGCCGUUGUGUUUCGUCUGCAUUUAAAUUAACGGGCAAAAACUACGCGAAAUUACAUAAAUCGAAAGCUAAUUAAAACGAAAACCUGUGUCUUAGCGAAGUGUGAUUAACUUAAUUACCCGAAAUCUAAACAGAUCAAAUUCGAAUCGAGCAAAUCCAGUGACAGUCUGUGCAAAAAUGGAGAAAAACAACAACGAGCUGUCCGCCGAGGAUGCGCAAAUCCUGGCCAACGGACACGCCCACCCCAAUGCCAAUGGAGUGGUCCAUCAAAAAACGGAGCCAGUCGCUCCCGCUGCCGAUGGCUGGCGUCAAGUCCUGUGGAAUACCUGGGAUGCCUUUGCGGACGUGGCCUGGUUCAUAAUCUGCUGCAUUGGAUACAUCCUGCAGGAUCUUUACUACAUUGCCUUCGGCUAUCCCGAAAAGGAGCUCAACACAGACAUUGCACUGAUCACAGGUGGUGGCAACGGACUUGGUCGCCUUCUUGCUGAGAGACUGGGAAAAAUGGGAACCAAGGUCGUUAUCUGGGACAUCAACAAGAAGGGCAUUGCGGAAACCGUCCAAAUUGUCGAAGAGGCGGGUGGCUAUUGCAAGGGCUAUGUGGUGGAUAUAUCCAAAAAGGAGGAGGUCUACAAGGCAGCCGAUGUCAUCAGAGACGAAGUUGGUGAUAUCACUCUGUUGAUCAACAAUGCGGGCGUUGUAUCUGGGCUGCACCUUUUGGAUACACCUGACCAUCUGAUCGAGCGGUCGUUCAAUGUGAAUGUCAUGGCACACUUUUGGACGACAAAAGCGUUUCUGCCCAAAAUGAUUGAGAAUGAUCGAGGACAUAUUGCCACGAUCGCCUCGCUGGCUGGCCAUGUGGGCAUUAGCAAAUUGGUCGAUUACUGUGCGAGUAAAUUCGCAGCGGUUGGCUUUGAUGAGGCUUUGAGGCUGGAGCUGGAAGUCCUUGGACAUACGAACAUCCGAACCACCUGCAUCUGCCCCUUCUUCAUCCAGGCCACUGGCAUGUUCGACGACGUGAAUGCCAGAUGGGUACCCACACUGAAUCCCAACGAUGUGGCCGAUCGUGUCAUUGCGGCCAUCAGGAAGAACGAGAAACUGGCCGUCAUUCCCGGUUUCCUGAAGGUCCUCCUCUCCUUCAAGUGGACCUUCCCCUGGGGCUGCGUGGGUGGCUUGUUGAAGCGCCUGGUGCCCGACGCCUCCCCACACGGCCUGCCCAGCUCCAUAGCCGUUCCCACCGUACCGCUGAACUCCAAUUCCAAGUUGACGGCCGCCGAUAUCGCCGCUUUGGAUGCUGAGCUAAGUAGCGUUACUCUGCCGGCGAAGCCACCCUCGAUGCUCAUCCAAAGGACACCGUCGCUGGGGGAGCGAGUCCUUUGAGCGCCCAACACCAAGGGCGCAUCAUCCACUGCUGUUGUUGUAUUUACAUUAUUCUUUUUCCAACGUGGAGGUACGAGCAUGUGUAAUUGAAUUUCGUGUUUUUGGCGUUUUGGCCGCGAGGAACCAAUACUUAGUCUAAGCUACGAAUCUAGUGAUAUUAUAUUUAGUUAAAGUAGAUUGAAGGGGAAAGCGUUUAGCCUUAAUUAAUCGAAUUGUAUUUUUGUAAUGCCUCUUAAGUUAAGGUAAUGUUUUGCAUUUCCGAUUUGCCAGUAGUCAUCUAUACUCCCCAAGCGGAUUAAUGUAAACGAUGUCUUAAGCCAUUAUUUUUGUACUUAUAUGAAUACAAUCGCUGAAAGGAGCUGUCCAAUACGAAAACUGAAAGCUAACUUUGUUAUACGUUUACUCGUUUUUUAGCUGUAAUAAAUUUUAGCUCAUUUAGCGUAGAUAUACACGAGUUUUUGAACUAAUUCAUAUAAUUUCUAUGUAUAAAAAACAAAUUUAUGUUCUAAAUAUAUUAUAUAAAAUUAUUGAUCUU